AUGGAUAUUUUCUCAUAUAACUAUCAUGAUUUGUCCAGUCAAUCAUCAUCAUCAUUAUCUCCUCUAUCAGAAAUCACCGGCGACGCCAAUUUCUCCGACGAAGAUGAGAUUCUUUUGGCUUGUACUUAUCCAAAGAAACGAGCAGGGAGGAAGAAAUUCCGUGAGACUCGUCAUCCCAUUUACCGAGGCAUUAGGCGGAGGGAUUCGGGGAAAUGGGUUUGCGAGGUCCGAGAACCAAACAAGAAGACGAGGAUCUGGCUCGGGACUUUUCCGACAGCUGACAUGGCAGCAAGGGCGCAUGACGUGGCGGCACUUGCCCUGAGAGGUCGUUCGGCUUGUUUGAAUUUUGCUGACUCAGCUACUAGGCUGAGAGUGCCGAUGUCAACCGAUUCGAAAGAUAUCCAAAGGGCUGCGGCGGAGGCGGCGGAGGAAUUCCGGCCGUCAAUGUUGGUGAAAAGUAGUGUAAUUGAUGAGGAUGUUGUCCCUAAUGUGGGAAUGACGGAGAUGACUAGAUUCUUUGCUGACAUGGCAGAACAGCCGAUGUUAUCGCCACCUCAUCAACAUGUAGAUGCUUAUUUUAAUGAUGAUGACGUGGACUUCAAUCACGACCUCACAUUGUGGUAUUAUUGAAACCAU